AUGCGCCGCUUCGAGUUUCUUGUCCAGAUCCCGGGUUGCUUGCACGGCUUUGUCCAGUUCCUUUGCGAUGCUUGUACCGCUGUCCUUGCCCAUCCUGUAGUCGGCAAGCAGAAUAGAAUUAAUCUCCUCCCCAACCUGGUUGGCCGUGGCGCGGAGAGCGAUGAGGGUGAAUUCGGUGACGAGCUGGAGAUUGUCGUUGGUGGUACGAUAGUUAGUCUUGUUCACAAUCUCCUGGGCAAGCGCCUUAAUUCCUUUCUUAAAUUUGUCAUCCAGCUGCUUGACGAAUUCAUCGCAGCCUGA